CAGGUUGUAUGUAUUGGCCGACUGAAAAUACAGUUAGCGGUCGCACUGUUAGUUCAACAUUGCACCACAUUGCGAGGACGGCCUCGCAUCCCCUUUCUUCUUCUGCGCUAUUUGUGUAUCUUAGGAAAUGGCUUUAUUGACCCCUCUCCUCGCGUUCCUCUACCACUUGCCGUUAGUGUACAAGUGGCUGCUAAAACCGUAUUAUGUCUCGUCGCUUUUCAUGUCGAUAGCUUUCCUAGCAGUCCGCAAGACUCCAGGAAUCUGCGACCAUCUUUCGACACAACGAGAGGAUGGCAAUCCUUGUGACUUUGACUGGAGAGAGGUGGAGGUCCUCAUGUUUCUCAGCGCCAUUGUCAUGAUGAAGAACAGGAGAGCCAUCACGGUGGAACAGCAUGUAGGGAACAUCAUCCUCUUCAGCAAGGUGGCCAACGUCAUCCUCUUCUUCCGACUAGACAUCCGUAUGGGCCUACUAUACCUCACCCUCUGCAUCGUGCUCCUGAUGACUUGCAAGCCUCCUCUCUACAUGGGCCCUGAGUACAUCAAAUACUUCAGCGACAAAACCAUAGAGGAUGAGUUGGAAAGAGAUAACCGUGUGACCUGGAUUGUAGAGUUCUUUGCCAACUGGUCUCCUGAGUGCCAGUCCUUCGCUUCUGUCUACGCAGAUCUGUCGCUCAAGUACAACUGUACCGGGCUGAAGUUUGGCAAGGUGGACAUCGGCAGAUAUGGAGACGUUUCUAAGACGUACAAGGUCAGCACCUCCCCCCUGUCCAAGCAGCUGCCCUCUCUGGUGCUCUUCCAGGGGGGGAAGGAAGUAAUGAGGCGCCCCCAGGUGGACAAGAAGGGAAGGGCUGUGUCCUGGACCUUCACUGAGGAGAACAUCAUCCGUGAGUUCAACCUGAACGAGCUGUACCAGAAGUCCAAGAAGCUCUCAAAGAACAAGGGUGACCAUGGCGACAAGCUGAGCGAAUCACAGUUCCCGCCUGUCCCCGAGGAGGAGGAGCCAGAGGCAGAGGUCGAUGCCCAGGAGGAGACAGAGACCAAGAAAGACAAAUAGAAUCUCUUGGGGCCCUGGGAGAAUGUGGUGACAUCACAAUGGGACUGGGUGGUGUUAUGCAAAUGCAGAGCGAGGCAGUAGAAGGCGUGUCGUUGCAAGGGAACAUCGUUGAUUGUGAUUUUGUUGUUUUCCUUAAUUCUUUUCAAUUUUGCAAUGGAUUUUGAGUUGCAAAACCAGUUUUGAUGAUUGUUUAUGCAUUAAUAUGUUUGAUAUGUUAAUAUAAACUAACUUAAAUUUUGCUUACUUCCAUUAGUUUAAAUUACAUUGUUUCACUACCAAGUCCCUGGAGCCUCAAAGCUCAGGUUUGCACUUCUACACCGAAACCAUUCCUUUAUUUAAAACAAAAAUAUUCAGCUUACUUGCCCUGUCAGGUAAACAAUUUCAAGUGCACCCAUCGACAUAUUAGAUGUGUAGAUGUAAUGGACCAAUGGCAGACUUUGGCACAGAGGCAUGUCAUGCCAGUCAAUCUGAGUCACUUUCAAGUGCAACAUGCUUAUCUAUUGGUAUACAAAUGUGUCAUGUUACCUACCUCCAUUGAUGAUGAUGAUGAAGACGAUUAAGAUGGUUUUCUGCUGUGUGUUUUUUGUGUUAACGAGUCCUAAAGACACAUUUUACCCAAGAACGGUUUCUUCUAAAUGUUCUAGUGUAGUCUCUACUCUGGGCGCUACUGUGUUCUACUGUAUGUCUGUUCCACUGGCUGCAUGUCUGUUCCAACAUGCGUCCUAUCAUCUUUAUCAUCUAGUCACAUGAUCGUGGCUUGUUUAGGUCCUUACAACACUGGAAGGAAGAUGAGGGAUGGAAGGAGAGUGGUGGAGGGAGGGAGAGAGGCUAGGUGAUACAUUCCCCAUCAACUAAACGUCCAUUUUGUUGCUCCUAUGCUUCAAUCAAGUGCUUCUCUCUGAAUAUGGUCUCUUCCUUCCUCUGCUCCAUCUCUCUGUCUCUCCUCCUGGUUCAGUGACUUUCCUCUGCUUUGUGAGCUCAACAAUGUGACUUAUCCAGAGUUUCUUAUUUUAUAAAACCUGUUAUGUUUUUUGUAAACCAGUAACUUUUAACACAUUAUUUCUUUCCAUGCUGUUUUACAGUGUGUCAUUUGGUGUUGUGGAACAUAUUUCUUUUUCAUUCACGUUUGAAUUUUCAAUAAAACCAACUGUCCUUUUUCUCUUCCUCUUGAAUAAUCUGACUAGACUGAAUGGGGGGUCAGAGGUUUUGUGGAGCACAUGUCCUAUCAGAUAUUCAAGGGGCAGACAAGGGAAAUAUUUUUCAUAGAAUUCCAUGAGAAUGUUGGAAUCCUGCAGCUCAUCUGGAAGUUCUAUCCUGAAUGUGAGUCCCUGUCUGUGUAUGAUAUGAUCCUGCUGGGAAUGUGAGUCCCUGUCUGUGUAUGAUAUGAUCCUGCUCGGAGUGAACCUAGUUGAGUAUUUGGUUACUUGGGGAUCCAAGUUUUUUCAUGCAAUAAAUAAAUGUGCACGUA